GGAUGCAGGCACUAGUUAGAUAGCUACUUCACUUCAAAAUACGGAUUAAAAUAUGUCCAUAUACCAUUUCUGAUACGGUUGUGAUUGGCAUAGACAUUAUGUAAAAAAAAUAAAAAAAACAUUAUGUAACUGUAACGAGCUAGACGCGAGGAGGCACAAAACAACUUUUGGUAAUUUAGCUUGUUUAGCUAACAAGUUAGCUGUCAAAUAGUUUCCACGACAACCGUUCCGACCCCCGUUCUGAGGUGACGGUUUGUUUCUCCAAACCACAAAAGUCUUACAGAAGAACUGUUGGGUCGAUUCACAAUGGAUGAGGACGGUGAUGGCAGAUCCAGCCUGUCUAACUCCUGUCCCACUCGACCUGAACCCACACAGUCACCGGUUCCUGUCAGGAACCACAGGAACCAGAGAACACUGCAGGGCCCCAAGCUGCUAGAAGUUGACUGGGAUUCUCUUUUUAGAGAGAGACAACCUCCACCAGGGGCAGCUAAACAACACCAGGAGAAUCAGCAGAAACCCAAGACAUUUCACGCCUGUCCAGUGUGUGGAAGACACUGCCAAAAGUUAUCCAUCCUGCAGAUCCACAUGAGAAUCCACACGGGAGAGAAGCCGUACACCUGCCCCGACUGUGGCAAGAAGUUCGCUCACCUGGGAGCCAUGAGACGACACCACCUCACACACACGGGAGAGAAGCCUUACUCCUGCUCUGUGUGUGGGAAGAGUUUCACCCAAUCAGGACAUCUGAAAGAGCACCAACAGUCUCACUCCGGAGAGAAGCACCACUGUCUGAUCUGUCUGAAACAGUAUAUCAGAGCAGAAGAUCUGAAGAUUCACCACAGAGUUCACACGGGAGAAAGGCCCUACCGCUGUGCAGAGUGUGGCAAGAGCUACAUCAGGUCAAAGAAUCUCCGGGCUCACAAGCUGACUCACCAGAGGACAGGAGGUGCUGCUAAAAGUCACAGGGAGAUGGCAGCUACUAUCCAGGUGAAAGUGAAGGAGGAGGAAGAAGAGGAAGAGGUUGGUGGUUUCAUCAAUGCCGAAGGAGAGGAGGAAGAGGAGGUUGGUGGUUUCAUUAAUGCUGACGGAGAGGAAGUUGGCUGGAGUUUCCCUGAUCUCAGUAAGUAGAGGCAGAAUGGUGACA